AUGUCCAACCCACUCAACGGCCCAGACGCCGACGCUCGCCGUCCCCCGUGGGGCCCCAACACCGGCAUGCAGCUCCCCCGCUACGGCGAAGCCUACAUGCCCCACCCCGGCUGGGCCCCACCCGGCCCCACGUACGGCGGAUACGGUAACGUCGCCUACUACCCGUCGCAGUACUACUCAUACCCAUCCAACGCAGCCCCCUACCCGGGAUCGACGGCCUACACGUGGCCCAACCCGGCCGCGGCCCCCCAGCCCGGCUACGGCACCUACCCCCUCCAACCCGGCGGCCAGUCCUACCCCGUCGCCCGCACCUCGCAGAACCUCCCGGCCCUCGACCCGCGCAACCCGGCCGCGCAGCUCACCAACUCCACCGGCGGCACCGGCUGCGAGCCGGGCUACAACUACUUCUUCCCCGCCGCGCACACCAAGAUCCACGUCUUCCGCACCACCACGCCGCCCUGGCAGCUGCCCGCCAACGCGCGCAUCCAGUUCUCCGCCUUCCACGUCCCCGUGUCCACCUCGCUCGCCGACGUCCUCAAGGGCUUCGGCGCCACCAACGCGACGCCCAAGAAGAACAAGUGCUUCGAGAUCGUGCAGGCCGGCAACGGCAAGUGGUACAAGGGCCUCUGCUUCUCCGGCGACGACAAGGACAUGAUGAAGAAGACGCUCGCCGACGUCGGCUGGGACGCGACCAGGACGGGGCAGCCCGGGGGUAAGCCGGUCGUCUGCGUGUGGCUGGUCAAGGAUUGA